UAGUUUUCGAACCAGCAGAGGGCGACUGCGCUGUGGAUUUGCUUCAUAAUCAUCUGGACGUCGCCUUGCGCUUGCAGUGUCGAGGUCUCCUUUCUGCUGAUUUGGUUGUGAUCGGGCUAGUCGGACUUUCACUCAACAUGCCGAACAUCAAGCUGCAGAGCUCGGACGGGGAAGUCUUUGAAGUCGAUGUCGAAAUAGCAAAGGCGUCGGUCACAAUCAAGACUAUGCUGGAAGACCUGGGCAUGGACGAUGACGAAGACGAGGUGGUGCCAUUGCCGAACGUCAACUCUGCCAUCCUGAAAAAAGUCAUCCACUGGGCCACAUACCACAAGGACGACCCACCCCCGCCAGAGGAUGACGAGAACAAGGAAAAGCGCACGGAUGACAUUUCCUCCUGGGAUGCCGACUUUCUCAAGGUGGACCAGGGCACCCUGUUUGAACUUAUCCUGGCUGCGAACUACUUGGACAUUAAGGGCCUGCUCGAUGUCACCUGCAAGACUGUUGCCAACAUGAUCAAGGGCAAGACACCUGAGGAAAUUCGCAAACAGUUCAACAUCAAGAACGACUUCACUCCCAGCGAGGAAGAACAGGGGACAACACUAAAUGACGGGACAGAAGAGGAGCAUACACACACUACAGUGCUCGGUGUUCGCAAGGAGAACGAGUGGUGUGAAGAGAAGUGAGAUAUUCUGUGAUAGCGGUACCCGAGCAGGCUUUGUUUAGACAUCUGGCACCGCAGCAUUUUUUUUUUUCUUCCCCUUGCCCACCCAUACCUUCAAGUUCAGUUAGUUCAGUGCUUUCACCACUUUCUUCUUUUGUGGCGGACUGUGCAAUUACUGAACAAGACUUGAGAAAAGAAAAGUGAAAUUUCGGGUUUCAGGGCACCCUGUGUACAGCGCUUUUCUAAAGGUUCUGUUUUCUGUGGUUUUUAUUCAUUAAAGUGAAGAUGUCUACCAACCAUUACUCCAUGGACGACUGCUAGUUCCCUUUUUGUCCAACACCUCGCAGCUAGUGGCCCUCCGCUGCCACACUACAAUGCUACCUCCCUACCCGCUGAAUGCAAGCAUAGCAGUGUGUGCAGCCCGCUUUGUUAUGUAAUGUGAAAACGUUCUGUGCAGGUCUAUCUUGCUUGUGUUCACGUUUUUUAGUGUUCUGUGAAUGCUGGAAUAAAAUAUAUUCGCUGCUUA